AUGCGAGCGAGUUCUUCCCACUCCAGAUCACCAUCGAUCAUAUCUAUCCCCGAUUCAGAUGGAAGUGAUUACGUUCCUAUACCUAAUAAUAAAGGCGAUGAUGGUAGCCCAAUCAAGAAAACUUCAGUCAAGCGUAAACGAUCAAGUAUUGCGCCUACCCGAAAAAACGAUAUCAGAUCCAAGGCCAAAGCUGAUAUAGAUGAUGAUAUUGGAUUGGCAGAUAUCGAAGAUAUCGGACCUAUCAUCAGACGAGAUCAUGAUCAAUUGUAUCAUAAGGUAGACGAGAUAGUUAAAGUGCAAGAGGAUCUACUUACUUGGUUCGAGAAUUGCAGGGAGAAAAGAGGAAUGCCCUGGAGAAAGAAAUAUAAUCCAGAAUUGAGUAUGGAUCAAAAAGGUCAAAGAGCUUACGAGAUCUGGGUUUCCGAAGUUAUGUUACAGCAGACUCAGGUGAACACAGUGAUAGCUUAUUGGGAGAGGUGGAUUGAGAAAUGGCCCACUAUCACUGAUCUUGCGAAAGCGGAUGUAGAGGAAGUGAAUGCUAUGUGGCGUGGUUUGGGAUAUUAUCGACGUGCUCGUUCAUUGCUCGCUGGCGCAAAGACAGUCAUGUCGAAAACAAAAUAUCAAGGUAGAUUGCCUGAUGAUCCUAUAAUAUUGGAAAAGGAGAUUGAUGGUGUUGGACGAUAUACAGCAGGUGCUAUCUGUUCAAUAGCAUAUGGGAUCAGAACUCCAAUCGUUGACGGGAAUAUACAUCGACUUUUUACUCGUCUAUUGGCUUUACAUGCACCUCAAACAGCCCCAAGUACGAUCAAGUCACUCUGGACAUCUGCUGAAGAAUUAGUGGGAAGACUUCCUAAAGAUAAGGAGAGGAAAGGUAUAACAGGCGAUUGGAAUCAAGCUUUGAUGGAAUUAGGCAGUCAAGUUUGUAAACCUCUUUCACCAGAUUGUCAAGUUUGUCCUCUCAAAUCGAGCUGUAAAGCUUACGCAGAGCUUUCAUCGUCUCCGCCCAAGCCUUCCGAACGACUGUGCACUUUAUGUGCUCCAAUACCUCUGUCGACAAGUACAGAAAAGAUACCAAGCGUUACCAUCUUUCCUAUGCGAAAAGAGAAGAAAACGUCGAGAGUCGAAGAUGAGUCCGUCUUGGUACUAGAGUGGAAAGGCGAAGAGGGGAAAAGGAGGUGGCUAUUCGUCAAACGACCUGAAAAAGGUUUAUUAGCUGGAUUGUUCGAGCCUCCUACAACUCCAGUUCCAACUUCUAGCAAACCAAAGGAUUGUCUUCAAGCUUCAUUGAAGUCACUGACAGAAUACAUUAAGGUUACCGCGCGAGAAUUAGCAGAAGUCAAGACGUAUAAUCAUAUCUCUUCAAUACCACACAUCUUCUCACAUAUAAAUAUGACUUAUCAUGUACAUCACUUCAUUCUUUCUUCGACUAUCUCAGAUCCGCCGGAGAUCUUAUCGACUAGUCCACGAGUCGCGAUAUGGAUGGAUGAUAAUCAAGUGGAACAUGCAAAUGUUGGCACGGGAGUCAAAAAAGUAUGGGCUGAGGUAUAUGGUUCAUGGGGUUCAUUCGAUGAAAAUCAUGAAUCAUUUGCUGAAGCAAAGACCAAAACAGCGUCUAAGAAGAUCAAGGAGAAGAAACCACUAGAAGAGGUAAAGAAUGGUAAAGUCGUCAAGAAAAUUAUGAUGCCUAUGAUGCCCGUGAAGAAAAUCAAAGAGAUGUAA